AUGAACAUCAAUAUAUGGAACUCCUUAACGAUUUUUUUAGUGACCAUUCGUCUGGUUAACCCUGAAGGCACUGUUUAUCUUGCCCAGGACAAUAGUGCCAUUCAUAGAUCUCAAGCUGUGCAAGAUUGGUUGGCGAGUCAUCCUGAUAUCGAAAUCUUACAAUGGCUAGCAAAAAGUCCCGAUCUAAAUCCCAUUGAAAAUCUUUGGACACAAAUGAUUUUCAAUUGGGAUCCCACUGAGCUACAUAAUCAGACCAAUGUACGAGAUCUGGUGUAUUCAACUUGGGAAUCGUUAAGAGGCAGCGAAAUGUGCUGGAACAUGGUGGAGGCUAUGCGAGUCAGUGAGGCGGAUACGAUUUCAACUAUUGGCCCAUGUCCAUAUGUCAUGCCAAUUGGUCCUGCUGUUUAUGAG